CAAAAGACCUGCGGCCUCAGCCCCUCCAAAGAGACGAAGAGAUGACGGGGAAAGCAGGGGAAGCGCUGAGCAAGCCCAAAGCCGAGACAGUGGCCAAGAACACCUCGGGGGGAACCCCGGCCAGGUGCACCGGGUUUGGCAUCCAGGAGAUCCUGGGCUUGAACAAGGAGCCCCCCAGCUCCCACCCGCGGGCUGCCCUCGACGGCCUGGCCCCCGGGCACUUGCUGGCUGCGCGCUCAGUGCUCAGCCCCGCAGGAGUGGGCGGCAUGGGGCUGCUGGGGCCCGGGGGGCUCCCCGGCUUCUACGCACAGCCCACCUUCCUGGAAGUGCUAUCCGACCCGCAGAGCGUCCACUUGCAGCCGCUGGGCAGAGCAUCGGGGCCGCUGGACACCAGCCAGACGGCCAGCUCGGAUUCUGAAGAUGUUUCCUCCAGCGACCGAAAAAUGUCCAAAUCGGCUUUAAACCAGACCAAGAAACGGAAGAAGCGGCGACACAGGACAAUCUUUACGUCCUACCAGCUAGAGGAGCUGGAGAAGGCGUUCAACGAGGCCCACUACCCAGACGUCUAUGCCCGGGAGAUGCUGGCCAUGAAAACGGAGCUGCCCGAAGACAGGAUACAGGUCUGGUUCCAGAACCGCAGAGCCAAGUGGAGGAAGCGGGAGAAGUGCUGGGGCCGGAGCAGCGUGAUGGCGGAGUACGGGCUCUACGGGGCCAUGGUGCGCCACUCCAUCCCCCUGCCAGAGUCCAUCCUCAAGUCUGCCAAGGAUGGCAUCAUGGACUCCUGUGCCCCGUGGCUGCUGGUUCAAGAUGGCUUUCCCAGGCGCUUUUCUAAACCCGAAUACCAACAAUUCUUUUUAGGGAUGCACAAAAAGUCGCUGGAGGCGGCAGCUGAGUCGGGGAGGAAGCCCGAGGCGGAGCGCCAGGCCCUGCCCAAGCUCGACAAGAUGGAGCAGGAGGAGCGGGGCCCCGACCUCCCGGCCGCCAUGUCCCAGGAGGAACUGAGGGAGAACAGCAUCGCAGCGCUCCGAGCCAGAGCGCAGGAGCACAGCACCAAAGUGCUGGGGACUGUGUCCGGGCCCGACAGCCUGGCCCGGAACGCCGAGGAGCCGGAGGAGGAGGAGGCCACAGAUGAGGACAGGCCAGCGGAGAAGCUGAGUCCACCGCAGCUCGAGGACAUGGCUUAGGUCAAGGGUUCGCAGACACCGGAACCCCAGGACUCUGCUCUCCUUGAGGCCUGUGGUGUUGGGAGGUGUCCUCUGAGGCAGGGCCCAGGCCUGGCCUCUGCCACCCUCCCCUGGCUCCACAGGCUCUCCAUGACCCUGGGUGACUUCAGGCACAACUCAGUUCUGGCCAAGGCACUGGGCCAUGCUGAGACAUCCCUGCCUAGUCUUAACCUGUCCAGCAUCCUCCUCCUCAUUCUAACGGCCCUGCCUCAGAAGCCUUCUUGCUGCCCCAAACCACCCCCUCAAGUUGCUUUCACUCAAUCCCUUGGCAAUCCUCACUAUCCAAAGCCACCGCUCACUCUCGGUUCUCCUGCUCAAAAAGCCCUUCUCCCCAGCUCAGCACCCCUGUGGAUUUUGCUCUGUCCAGACCCAAACCCGCUGCCACAAACACACUGCCUGCCACAGUGGUGACAGGGAUGGAGGACCUGCACUCCAGCACCAGUGUCCUGUGCGCCCCGGCCCUCAGCAAAACUCUCCUCCCCUGCCUGUGCCUGCUACUGUGUGGAUGUACUGUCCUGCGGGCCCAGGCACAGCCUCUGCAUUUCUGGGGCCCAGAUUCCAGAUUCAAUUUGGAGAACCCCAGCCUGGGCCUCUGGGCCACCCUCCAUGUCAUGCCCUCCAUGGUCAGCCUCAGGAACCUGCCCUCUCCAUACCCAGCCUGUCCCACUCCUCCCAGCACAGGUGCCAGCACCACAGGUGGGGUGUACAAUACCUGGGGCGAGUCCAGGGCCUGUGCCCGGCAGCCAGGGGGCACCUCACAGGUGCUGCGGCUCAUUGCACUGUCGGGCCUGGGUUCUGAAGCAUCCUGAGCUCCGAUACGCUGCCUGUGACCCUGACUUGCUGUGCAAGGCAUCCUUUCCCUAGAGCUUCUCACAAAUUACUGAUUUGCACAUGCCCUGCCUCGGAGCAACCCAGUCCAGCUGUAAAAUGAACACGCAGGAAAUCACUGAUCUUGACUCAGCUGAUCCAGGCCAUUCCCAGGAGGCAAAGACCCGUGUGGGCCUGGGGCUAUAAACAGGCAACAAGGGUUGGUCAUAAGAAGGGUAUAAGAAAAGGCCUGAAGGAGAGCAAGGGAGGAGCCGGUGUUAAGACCCAAACUAGGCUGCAGGCACACAUACCUUCAUGCCAGGUAUAUGCCCUGGUGCAUGUCCACCAGCGUAAGACAGCAAUCAUUUUGGAAAAGGGGGUAGGGGCUUCUUCCUGUCUGCUGAUGGGAGGAUCUGUUGUACCAAUGGCCUCUGCUGCUGCCCCUUCCGCCCCCAGGCCAGGCACAUGUCCCCCUCACCCUCCCCAAGGCAUUUUCCUCUACCUUCCCACACACCUUUGCAGGGCGUCCCUUGCAAGAGAAAGGCCCGAGGGACAGCAAGUUGGGGUUUUAAUUCCAUAUCAGAAGUUGAUUUCUUCUUCAGUCCAUUCAUGGACCAUCCCCCAUUCUUGUCUUUGUCUCCCAUUGGUUUGAAGUAUUAGACUGUAGCCCCUGGUGUGUAAAUAAUGUACAUAGAGUGAGAAGAAAGAGACUUGAUAUUGAGGUGUUUGAAAUAUGGAAACUGUUUAACUUCUAGGUAUUUGAAACCUGUGAUUUCUGUGCCAUUUUCUGUAAAGAUA